UUGGACUUUAUUAUUCUAGCAUCACGGCAGCAGGUUCCUGCUCAGUUUGGAGUUACGUGUCACCACAACUGUAUGCCUGCUUGAAGUAGCUAAACCAGGCACUGCGGCACAAGGAGUCUGCAUGUCGGCCUAGACAUGCUCAGCUUUGUGGAUACCCGGAUUCUGUUGCUGCUUGCAGUGACUUCAUACCUAGCAUCAUGCCAAUCGGCUUAUGCAAAGGGCCCCAGGGGAGACAAAGGACCUCGAGGUGACAGGGGUCCUAAAGGACCAGAUGGAAAACCUGGCAAACCUGGACUUCCUGGGCCUCCUGGCCCCCCUGGCCCCCCUGGUCUUGGUGGAAACUUUGCUGCUCAGUAUGAGGCUAAAGGACCCGACCCUGGCCCCGGACCCAUGGGUCUGAUGGGACCUAGAGGACCUGCUGGACCACCUGGUUCCCCUGGACCCCAAGGACUCCAAGGACAUGCUGGCGAGCCCGGAGAGCCUGGACAGGCUGGUGGAGUUGGUCCUCGUGGACCCCCUGGACCUCCUGGCAAAUCUGGUGAAGAUGGUAACAAUGGAAGACCUGGCAAGCCCGGAGACAGAGGAGGUGCUGGAGUGCAGGGUGCCCGUGGUUUCCCAGGAACUCCUGGACUUCCCGGCAUGAAGGGACACAGAGGCUACAAUGGUCUUGAUGGACGCAAAGGAGAGCCCGGUGCAGCUGGUGUUAAGGGUGAGAAUGGUGCUGCUGGUGCUAAUGGAACCCCUGGACAAAGAGGUGCUCGUGGUCUGCCUGGUGAGAGAGGUCGUAUUGGUCCUGCUGGCCCAGCUGGUGCUCGUGGUGCUGAUGGUAACACUGGUCCUGCUGGCCCUGCUGGUCCUCUGGGAGCUGCCGGCCCUCCAGGUUUCCCUGGUGCCCCUGGACCUAAAGGAGAGCUUGGACCCGCUGGUCCCACUGGCCCAUCUGGACCUCAGGGACAGAGAGGAGAGCCUGGACCCAAUGGUGCUGUUGGCCCAGCUGGUCCUCCUGGUAACCCUGGUGCCAAUGGACUCAAUGGUGCUAAGGGAGCUGCUGGCGCCCCUGGAGUCGCUGGUGCUCCUGGUUUCCCCGGCCCUAGAGGAGGCCCUGGCCCCCAGGGACCUUCUGGACCUUCUGGCCCCAGAGGCCUUGCUGGUGAUCCUGGACCCAUUGGAGUGAAGGGAGAUGCUGGUUCCAAGGGUGAGCCUGGUAGCUCUGGUCCUCAAGGUCCUCCUGGUCCUUCUGGUGAGGAGGGCAAGAGAGGCUCAACUGGUGAGCAGGGAGCUACUGGACCCGCUGGUCUGCGUGGACCCAGAGGUGCUGCUGGAACUCGUGGUCUUCCUGGUCUGGGUGGUAGAGCUGGCCCACUGGGCAUGCCUGGCCCAAGAGGUGGUAUUGGUGCCCCUGGACCUCGUGGUCCCCCUGGUGAUGCUGGCCGUGCUGGCGAGCCUGGUCUGACUGGAGCUAGAGGUCUCCCUGGCAGCCCUGGCAGCGCUGGACCCCCAGGAAAGGAGGGACCAGCUGGUCCUUCUGGUCAAGAUGGUCGCACUGGGCCCCCUGGCCCAACUGGACCCAGAGGCCAGCCUGGUAACAUUGGAUUCCCUGGCCCUAAAGGACCAUCUGGCGAGCCUGGCAAACCCGGCGAGAAGGGACCCGCUGGUCCUUCUGGUCUGAGAGGUCCCCCAGGACCUGACGGCAACAAUGGCCCUACUGGUCCCGUUGGACUUGCUGGUGCCCCUGGUGAGAAGGGAGAGCAAGGACCCUCUGGUGCUCCUGGUUUCCAGGGUCUUCCUGGGCCUGCUGGACCUGUUGGUGAAGCUGGAAAGCCCGGAGACAGAGGUGUCCCUGGAGAACAAGGUGUUGCUGGACCUGCUGGAGUAAAGGGAGAGCGUGGUAACCCUGGACCUGCCGGUGCCGUUGGAGCCCAGGGACCUAUUGGUGCUCGGGGACCCUCUGGCACUGCUGGCCCUGAUGGAAGCAAGGGAGAGCCUGGCUCUGUUGGACCUGCUGGUGCCCCUGGACCCCAGGGAGCUGCUGGUAUGCCUGGUGAGCGUGGUGCUGCUGGUACUCCUGGCCCUAAGGGUGAGAAGGGUGAGGCUGGAUACAGAGGCUUGGAGGGCAAUGCUGGAAGAGACGGUGCCCGUGGUGCUCCUGGACCCAGUGGACCUCCCGGACCUGCUGGUGCCAAUGGUGACAAGGGUGAGACUGGCUCCUUCGGCCCUGCUGGCCCUGCUGGUGCUCGUGGUUCCCCUGGAGAGCGUGGUGAGUCUGGUCCUGCUGGACCUCCCGGAUUUGCUGGACCCCCUGGUGCUGAUGGCCAGACUGGAGCUAAAGGUGAGAAGGGUCCUGGUGGUGCUAAGGGCGAUGCUGGACCUCCUGGCCCCGCUGGUCCUGCUGGUAACACCGGACCUCUCGGUGCUGCUGGCCCCGCUGGCCCCCCUGGUGCUCGUGGUGACACCGGACCCCCUGGUUUGACUGGUUUCCCUGGUGCUCCUGGCAGAGUUGGACCUCCUGGUCCUUCUGGUAUUGUUGGACCUCCUGGUCCUACUGGUGCUGCUGGAAAGGAUGGUCCUCGUGGUCCCCGUGGUGACGUUGGACCUGCUGGACCCCAGGGAGAGAAUGGCCUGGUUGGACCUCCUGGUCUGGCUGGUGAGAAGGGAUCUCCUGGAGAGCCUGGUACUCAGGGACCACCUGGAGCUCCUGGACCUCAGGGUCAGCUUGGAUCUCAGGGAUUCAACGGUCUUCCCGGCUCCAGAGGUGAACGUGGUCUUCCUGGUGUUGCUGGUGCUGUUGGUGAGCCUGGCAGAGUUGGCCCCUCUGGUUCCCCUGGCCCCCGUGGUCCCUCUGGUAACAUUGGAUUGCCUGGUCUGACUGGUCCUCAGGGUGAGGCUGGACGUGAGGGUAGCCCUGGUAAUGAUGGUCCACCUGGCCGUCCUGGUGUUCCUGGUCUUAAGGGUGAUCGUGGUGAACCUGGAUCUCCUGGAUCUAUCGGACCUGCUGGUGCCUCUGGCCCCGUUGGACCCAGUGGCGCUGUUGGCAGACCUGGAAACCGUGGUGAGACCGGACCUGUUGGAUCUUCUGGAGCAGUUGGCCCUGCCGGUGCAAGAGGUCCACCUGGCCCUGCUGGAGCCCGUGGAGAGAAGGGUGUGGCUGGAGACAGGGGAGACAGAGGCCUGAAGGGACUGCGUGGACACCCUGGUCUGCAGGGAAUGCCUGGACCCAACGGUCCUUCUGGUGAUUCUGGACCCGCUGGUCCUGCUGGUCAUGCUGGUCCCAGAGGCCCAGCUGGACCCAGUGGCCCACCAGGUAAGGAUGGUAGACCCGGUACUCAUGGAAUUAUGGGACCUGCCGGCCCCCGUGGACCCCAAGGACAUGUUGGACCUGUUGGACCUCCCGGAUCUCCUGGUCUGCCUGGACCCCCUGGUGCUGCUGGUGGCGGAUAUGACAUUUCUGGUGGCUAUGAUGAGUACAGAGCCGAUCAGGCUGCUCUCAGGGCUAAGGACUAUGAGGUGGAUGCCACAAUCAAAUCUCUGAACACUCAGAUUGAGAACCUGCUCUCCCCUGAGGGAUCCAAGAAGAACCCUGCCCGCACCUGCCGUGACAUCAGGCUCAGCCACCCAGACUGGACCAGCGGAUUCUACUGGAUCGAUCCCAACCAGGGCUGCACCAUGGAUGCCAUCAAGGCCUACUGCGACUUCACCACUGGCCAGACCUGCAUCUACGCUCACCCAGAGAGCAUUCCUCGCAAGAACUGGUACAGAAGCUCCCAGGAGAAGAAGCACGUCUGGUAUGGCGAGACCAUCAAUGGUGGCACCGAGUUCGGCUACAACGAUGAGACCCUGAGCCCACAGUCCAUGGCUACACAGCUGGCCUUUAUGCGUCUGCUGGCCAACCAGGCUGUCCAGAACAUCACCUACCACUGCAAGAACAGCAUUGCCUACAUGGACGCUGAGAACGGCAACCUGAAGAAGGCUGUUCUGCUGCAGGGCUCCAACGAUGUGGAGCUCAGGGCAGAGGGCAACAGCCGCUUCACAUUCAGCGUUCUGGAGGAUGGCUGCACUAGACACACUGGCCAGUGGAGCAAGACAGUCAUUGAAUACAGAACAAAUAAACCAUCUCGCCUGCCCAUCCUCGACAUUGCACCUUUGGACAUUGGUGGCGCUGAUCAAGAGUUUGGUUUGGACAUUGGCCCAGUCUGUUUCAAAUAAAUAGACUCAUGAUAAAUUAAAAAAGAGAGAAAGAAAGAAAGAAAAUAGAAAAAAUCUCUGCCCUUCUUCUCUGUGUUGUUUUUUAUACUGAAUGCUGAUUUCCUCUGCACAUCCACUUGCUUAAGCUGGGCUCUAUCGGAGAGGACCAAUGGACUGAACGGAGCGUUGCACAAUGCAAAUUAAUACAGCUGCCCAAAGAGACGCUGGGAAACAUCAUGGUUUGGGACAUGCCAUCAUUUUGUAAAAAAUGAAAGAAGUGUAAUAAAAACAAUGAAAGUAUGCAUCACUUUGUGGUCUUUCUAUAUCUUCCAAAGAGGAGGUUUAAAACCACAAUUUCCAAAAGGUUUAAACUACCUCAUGCCUGUAUAAAGAAAAUAAUAUUACCAAACCUGAUCCACAUCCUAGAUGUUAGUCGUUGGUACUAAGGCUUCAAGUUCUGUCCUGUGUCAAAGGUGCUCAAACACUUGAAGCGGGAAUAUAUGGUGCUACACAUACAGCUGUGGAGGAAACCACUUUACUGUAUUACUUUGUAUUGUCUUUACAGAGUGUUUCACAGGUCCCCCUGAUAUAACCCCAUUUUUAAGCAGGUGGAAGAAUUCCUAAACCUGAUGUUUGUCCGGUUUUUACCUUUUUUGUUUUGGUUGUUUUUGUUUUGAGUUUUGUCUGGAUUUCUCUUUUGUUCAGGCAUUUAAUUCCACCAUCCCCCCCAAUGUUCAUACUGACAGCACAUUUCGUCCAUUUGAAUGGGUUUUGGAGGCCUCUCUCUCUCAAAAUGAACCACAAAGUUUAUUGUACCUAUUUUGUAUAUGUGAGAUGUUUAAAUAAAUUGUGAAAAGUUCUGAAAUAAAGCAUGUCCAUUGUUCCGAAACACACCA